AUGAGUAUUUUAGGAAUAGACGGACUUGAAAUACAGUGCGGGGAAAUUAAAGUGAGAAUAACAGUCAUGCGGCAGUUUUUCCAAGACAGACGUGUUCCGUUCAAACCAGAGUUUCUGCGGCUUGGAGUAAACUCGACGCAGAUGAGCUCCUGUGGACCAGAGAGAAGCAUAACGUCAGAAAAUGAGAUGGUUAUCUCCGCAGGACUGCAAGACUGUGGGACUGAGUCCAGGGUUCAUGGCGAGUGGCUUGUGUACUCCAACCAGCUGUUACUCUACCCGGCUGUGGUUCCUACCUACACAGGCAGCGUGAUCGUUCGAGGGGUAACGACUGUCAUACCUGUUGAGUGCCAUUAUAAGAGAAAACAGACAGUUAGAGGAAGCCCAUUGAGUCCAACCUGGGUACCGAGGACAUCCACUAUUGUUGCCUUUGGCCGUCUGCAUUUCUCCCUUCGUAUCAUGGCAGAUGGGUGUACCCACCCUCGCAGUUCAUCAGUGUAUCAGCAGGGGGAAGCAGUGUUUCUGGAGGCCAGCGUGGAGGCUCCGCUGCACCCUCCACUCACUUUGUAUGUUGACCAUUGUGUUGCCACACAGCAGCCUGACCCCCUCUCGUUGCCAAACUACAAGUUUAUUUCCAAGCAUGGAUGUCUGAUGGACAGUGUACUGCCAGGCUCUUCAUCGAGAUUCUUCCCAAGGGAGCAAGAGAAUAGACUGUGCUUCAGCAUCCAAGCCUUCCACUUCAACCAGACAUCUGGGCAGCAGGUGUUCAUCACUUGCCGUCUUCGAGCUACGCUGAAAGAGAGCUCGUACAACCGGCUUGAUAAAGCCUGUUUCUUCCACAGACCCACAUUCAGCUGGCGUGCCACAGAGGGAAACGGUUCUCAGUGUGAAUGUUGUGACACUGACUGUUGCUCCGUCCUCCACAAACUACUGCAACAAACACGAGAAAAGCAUGAGGCGGACAGGACAAUCGGACCUCUUCACACUUUGAAACGCUCCUACUGGACAGGUCGACUGUUGCUCAAUCAGUGA